UACUCAAUUUGCUGAAAUUGAAGGCAAAGAAAAUAAAGAGAAAUUGAACAAAAGAGAAAGAGUGAGAACAUGUCCAUCUACCAAGAUUUGGAAGCCAAAUAUGAUACGGAGGAAACACCAGAAUCAAUCAUCCUGCGCGUUCAUCUUCCUGAUGGUUUUGCACGUGAGCAUGUGGGUGCGAAGGUUGAAUACGGUUUUACAAGAGUUAGAGUUCAUGGUGAACGAUCUCUUGGAAACAAUAUAAGGGUCCGUUUCAAUACAUUGUAUCAAGUUCCAGAAUAUUGUGACAUGAACAAGAUUAAGGGAAAGGUUGAUGGAAAAACCGUCAUCAUAAUAAUACCAACUAUUCCACAUAAAGUCCCUAAAAAGGAGACACAGGAAUCUCCUAAAGAACCACAACAAGAAACAGAAGCAAACCCUGUGGAUGAAAACCAAGAUGCUUCUACUCCUGCAGAUGAUAACCAAGAUAAAACCAAAUCAAAAAAUGAGAAUGAAGAAGAGAUUGAUCAUGAGACUUCAACUCCACCAAAUGCCACACAAGAAGAGGCUAUGCAUCAAGAGGAUCAAGGGGAAAUUGAAGAACAAGCUGCAACAACCCAAGUUAAAAGCGAAAAACCAGUUGAUCAAGAGAGUUCAACCCCAAGAAAGGACACAGAAGAGUACAAGUCUGAAGAGGAUCAAGAAGGAACCCCCCAAAAAGUUGAUCAUGAUGGAUCAACUUUAACCCCAGAAGAACAUACAAAGGAAUCUAUGCCUCACAAGGGUCAAGAGGAAACUCCCCCAAAGGAUACCUUUUCAACUAAUGACAAGCUUCAGGGAGAGGAAAAGCAAAAGGCUAUUGGAAAGGAAGAAAGUGAAAGUGAAGAAGAGCAUUCCAAGAAGGGAUUGGAAUCAGGAAAGGCACAUGAAAAGGAUGAGGAAAUGAAAGAAGAAAGAAAAGGGUUGAGAACAUUUGAAGAUAAAAUGAAUGGUAAAAUUGGCAAUGAUGUUGGAGACAAGAGUGAUGAAAAGGCCUUGCCUGAAUCAACAAGGUCUAGAAUUAAGCAAGUGACUGCUUCUGCUUCUGAAGCUGUGACUGGUCUAGCUAAAAGGUUCAAUGAAGAAGAUAAACAAAAGAUGAUAUAUAUGGGUGCAGCAGUUCUUGUGGUGGCACUAGGAGUUUAUGCUACCUACAAGCUUCGUUUACGUAGACCAUAGACAAAUCAAUGGCAUCAUAUCAAUUUCCUUUCA